UUGUCGUCUAUUUAGAAAUUUAAACUAAAUUAAUUAGUUUUCUUUUCAUGUUCUUCUUCCAUUAGCAGCUACCGACGUUGUAUUCUUAAACAAAUCUGAAUUCAUAAAUAUCACUUUGAGCCAAUGGCGAUACCCCGUGACGUUUAGAUUGAGAUUUCGCACCACUCAGGCAGAUGGCCUUCUUCUUGGCACAAGACAAGGCCCUGAUGGCUUUCAUAUUUCAAUCGAAGACGGCUAUCUUAAGGUCCACUUACAGCCCGGACAAGUUUUCUAUCUUGGAAAAGGCCUUCUUCACGACGCCCAAUGGCAUUUCUUGACAAUUAAGAUAUCAAAGGCAGUAGUUGACAUCACCCUUGACAGAAGAUCGAGUGAGACAUGGAAUGGUGGCCAGCACCUGCAACUUAUCAGCUUCCCCAUUUACAUAGGAAGCAUUCCAGGGUAUCAAGAACAGUCAACCUCUGCGAAAAUCCAUUCUUUUGUUGGAUGUCUUCAAGAUAUCUAUGUGGCUGAGAUAGAUGUUAUUUAUAAAAUGCUUUAUACUGGAGAUUCCACGUUAUCUUAUACAAAAGAUAUUCUAAAACAUUGUCCAAUGAGGCAAGAGAGCUUAGAAGAAGCUAGAAAGCGGAUUUUUGCUGAGAAAUUGCGAAAGCCGUCUACCAAGGCACCUUCAACGCAACAUCAAAAUGAAAUGAUAAGAAAUGCGAAGCGAGCAGACGGCAAACCGACGAAGCAAGUCAGUCAGGAAUCGAAAAGUCAUGCAAAACUUGCAGCUGAAAAUAACAAGGAUCUGAUCGCCUGGAUUACAAGUGGGGUUGUCAGUGGUACAAUCGUGCUUAUGAUAAUGACAGCUUGUGCUAUACACUACUUUAAAUUCAAGUACGAAAACAUUUUUGUAGCUAGAAUGCAUGAACAGGAAAACAUGCAAGAACAACAGCAGAGUUUAAGUAGUAUGCAAAUGUUCCCGAAACAGCAGGCUGUCGUAUUUUUACCUGAAAAGCAGGUCACUAAGGUUGUCAAUCUUUGAUCAAACUCAAUCUUUGAUCAAGCAGUUACUGAGAUUAUGAUAAAGCUAUUAAUUGGUUUGACUUGUUUCAUUGAUUGGUUACACUCAGAAUAGCAAAACAUUGAAGAUAUGCAAUUUUGAAGUAUUGAAAAUUUACCUUCCUAUUCGGUUUAUCGUAAAUUGUUGCAUUUGCGAGAUGAAAACUGAGUUUAAUGCUCAAUUAAUUCGAACUGAAUCUAAUUCUAUAAAGCCCUGAAAGACAAAAUCACAAAAAUGACUUUUCUAGUGUUUUGCAGAUAAUAAAAGCAGAAUUGUUUCAAAGAUAAGCUCAACGCUGUAGUUAUAUGGAGUUUAUAUAUUCAAGUUUGCUAUUUCAAAAGUUUCUAAAAAAGCUUAACUUUAAUUUUAUUUCAUGAUCUCAGAGCUUAUGAUUGAAUAAGCAUGAUGUUACAUUUCCUGGGCCAAAAACGUUUGAUCGCUUCAUUUUGUUUAGGAAAAACCUUCUGAUACUUCAUUUUGGGCAGAAUGUACAGUUAUCAUCAUAAAAAUCUUUGAGGUUGUCAAAGUAAAUUACUUCUAAAUCAUGAAAGAAUCUGUUGUAAUCGAAAAUAUGAGUGUAAAAUAUGCCAAAAAAGUGUACACAGCUUUUCUUUCUUCUAGAUUAUUAUAAUUAAAUGGUCAAAAAAAUAUCCAUGCAUGUAUGAUGUUAAUAAGAUCUCUGUCUCAGGAUUAUAUCGUUAUUCUUGAACAGUUUGCAGAUUUGAAAUAUUUCCUGACCAAAGCCCUUGAUAUUUCAUGAAAAUAAUCUUCUCUAAAUUCGAGUCACUUUCAUGGUCUAUAGCCUUUCAACUUUCCAAUAAACUAGGCUCCUCAAGAAGGUCGUCAUUUUCAUAGCUAAUAGAUUUGCAUAUUUCAAGAACAUAGUGGUCUAAUUCUCAAAACGUCUUGGAAGGGUCAACUUUUGAUACAAAAAUGUAAGGCUAAAAGAUUGUAAACAUCAUAUAAUUUCUCUAAACGUUUUUUAAAAAAUGGCGGUUCUAAAUGAUCAGAAAAAACAAAGUCGAGUA